AUGCCCCUGGCCUCCCACGCUGUCUGGCCCCUUCUGGGCACGGCAGCCUACUUGGCCGCCAUGGCCAAGGCCGCCGGUGUUCUCGAUUUUCCUUUUAUCUGGGCAUCCCAAAACGACAAUCUUGCCAAGUAUCUCGAGCCCUCCCCCGAAUACAGGCUUUUCCAACCCAACGGCACCAAACCCGACAAAUACAACAGCACCCUUCUUGACAUUACCUCCGGCGGCUUUCGGCACUGGCCAGCCGACUUUGGGGAAAACAGGAGCGAUCUUCAGUUUUUCUGGACGUACAAGAAACUCGACUUUGAAAGGCCUGUCCACCUGGCCUGGUCUGGGCGCUGGGUUGAGUGCGGGAAAAUAUUCCCGGGAACCCCAGAUGCCUUUACAGGAUAUUCCGUCAACGGUUCCUCUAAUUUCGUGGUGAGAUUUGAGCUGAAGAAGGGCGGCAAAAAGGCCGACCUCGUCGCCGCGACUACGAAUCACCAGGAAUGCCCCGACCAGGGGUUCACAAUCAGCGUGACGGGCGAGACCAACAAAGUCACCAAGGACUACAGGGGUUUAUCACUUGCGAAUGCUACUUGUGCAGUGGUAGACCCUCCUCCUUCCCCGACGCCGACUGCGAACCCUUGCCAUGCCAAGGUCGAUAAGAGCGCGGCCGAGAGUAUUGAGGCAGUGAUACUCGAGCAUCGAUGCAGCAUCGGCAAAGUGUUGGGGGACAAGCCAACCAACUGCCCCAAAAAGGGUCACGCCUCUCGGCAGCUUGCUGUCGCAGGCAUCGCAACGCUUGUGGCAGUAACUCUUGGUACCACCGGCUUUCUUCUCGCCUGA